AAUCGGACUGUUUUAAGAAAUUAAGCUGUUACGAUAUUUACCCCGGAAAAGUUAGUGGUACUAUCAGACUGAUCGGGUAAACGGGUGGUUGCGCCUAGAACUUCCGGGUCUUAUUUCGGUUCAAGAUUUUAAGCCCUAAAUAAAUCUCGCUGUCUGCUAGAAAUCGGUAAUCGGUUGCUGAUCAGGAAAGAAAAGAGAAGAGAAAGAAUGGCGACCGAAGAAGAAAGUGCAGUGAAGGAGCCAUUGGAUCUAAUCAGGCUGAGUCUCGACGAACGGAUCUACGUGAAACUCCGGUCCGACCGGGAACUCCGGGGCAAGCUUCAUGCUUAUGAUCAACAUUUAAAUAUGAUUCUUGGGGAUGUUGAAGAGAUUGUGACUACAGUAGAAAUUGAUGACGAAACAUACGAAGAGAUUGUUCGGACUACAAGGCGCACAGUUCCUUUUCUCUUUGUUAGAGGAGAUGGAGUCAUUCUCGUUUCUCCACCACUUAGGACUGCUUGAAUUGAAGGGCCAACUUGGGUUCACCUUCUGGCAUUUAAACAUUGCUGUUCUCCUUUUAUUUGCUACCUUCCUAAGUGGUUUUGUGUCAAGACUUGGAUAGUUAGGGAACAAUAAUCCUGUACACUGGAAAUGGUUAGAUCAUCAUGUAAUAACUUUGAUUGAUGAAUUUGUAUGAGGUUUUAUACUUGGAUCUUUACUUAGGGAACCAAGAGAUUUACCAGCCUUUGCCAUCUAUUUGUAUUAAGUUUGUAGUUUUAGUAGCCUUUAUGAACAUCAAGAUUUUGUGGGGAUAGUCUUAUCCAAUCACACAAAAAAUCUGCCAGCAUAGACAAUCAGGUUCGUCAAUUUCAUGUUGGAUUACUCUUUCCCUAAUAUCUUCGGGUGAUUGAUUUAUAA